UGUAUAGACAUAAUGAAGCCUCACAGUUUCAUAAUAGUUGGAUGAUCUUUGAAUUGCAUUCAGGCAUUAGGAAGACCAAUUCUGCUAAAUUGUACAAUAUAUUUUACAUGCUUGUAAGAAUUGUGUUAGUCGGAAUUGUCAUUCUACUCAGUUCAUCUGAUGAACCAAAGCACAUCACCUUACAAGGGGCAGAUCUCUGGGUCUAUUACAUUGAAUUCUUAUUAUUUUUCAUUGUGAAUAUUAUCUGAAGUGCUUAUCUGAUAUUCUGAUGGCCGUUUGAGACUAGAGCUAACAACAUAAUUGAAUGUUGUAAUCAGGUUUGCUACACACUAAUCAUUGUCCCACUGCUGUUUUUAAAAUCUGAGUCAGAUUGGUCAAAAACAGGCGAAGAUCUCUACGUGUUUGGCCUUUUAAUUCCGACGAUUCUGUCAAUCCUUGUUAGCUUGUUGUAUUUGUUAACCUUAAUAAUUGAAAAAUGACUCAAAUAUCCAAAGAAGAAGGUUGUAAAUGCAAGAUCUAAAGACUACCUGAAAGAGGAGUCUAAGGUGAGCGGUCUGUCAAAGUCUCGUCUUGAAAAACCUGCUACAAAGAUCAGUGAUGCUGAAUUAAGAAAUGCAGCAAGGGAAUUUCAUAUAAGUCGAGCAAUCAAUAAGAGGAAAGAUACUGAAGAUUAACUGAUUUAAAAUUUCUUAAAGUGAGAAAACAGUCACAUCGACUAUGGUUAACGACUUAUACAGUUUAGUAGAUCGUUUGGCUAAUUUUACUCACAUAUUAAUAUAUAGUGGCUUUGGUAAUCUCUUUAAAAUC